UAUAUAUAAUACUCCAAAACUGCUAAAUAAUUCCCGGCUAACACCAACCAAUCAACCAAAGCAAUGAGCCUCAUUCCUAAAUAAGAUUCUGAAAAAUUCUUAUAGCUACCCAACAAACCCCACAACCUUCGCAAUUUCAAGUUCAAAUAGUAUAUUUAGAACACCACAGGAGCUAGAAAUAUAUUUCGCUUAGACUUAAAAAGAGUAGUUGAUUCAAUAGUCGAGAAAGAUCACUUGGAAUACCAUAUAAUCAAUGGAGCUUCCAAAAAAUCUCCUCCCCGAUGAGGCAAGUCCCGAGUGGCUAAACAAGGCCGACAAUGCAUGGCAGCUCACAGCUGCCACGCUUGUCGGCCUACAGAGCAUCCCAGGACUAGUAAUCCUCUACGGAGGCAUGGUCAAGAAGAAAUGGGCCGUGAACUCCGCAUUCAUGGCUCUCUACGCGUUCGCAGCAGUUAUCGUGUGUUGGGUAGGGUGGGGUUUCCAGAUGGCAUUCGGAGAUAAGCUGACCGACUUCUGGGGAAAACCAGGCGUGGCGUUGGACGACAAGUUUCUGCUAGGGCAGGCAUUUCUAGGGUAUUUUCCGAAUGCAACGAUGGUGUUGUUCCAAUCGGUGUUUGCAGCGAUAACGUUGAUUUUGAUCGCGGGAGCUGUUUUGGGUAGGAUGAAUAUAAGGGCAUGGAUGAUGUUUGUGCCGCUGUGGCUGACGUUUUCAUAUACAAUUGGAGUGUAUAGUAUAUGGUGUCCGGAUGGGUGGUUGGCAAAGCUUGGAGUUAUUGAUUUCUCUGGUGGAUAUGUUAUCCAUCUCUCCUCUGGUGUUGCUGGAUUCACUGCUGCUUAUUGGGUAGGACCGAGAGAGGAAAAGGACAGGGCCAGGUUUCCUCCAAACAACAUUUUGAUGACGCUAGCAGGGGCAGGACUGGUUUGGAUGGGAUGGACGGGGUUCAACGGUGGAGCACCUUACGCCGCCAGCACAGACGCAUCUCUAGCCGCACUGAACACGCACGUAUGUGCUGCUACAAGCUUGCUCACUUGGAUCACACUCGACACCUUCAUCUUUGGCAAACCUUCUGUCAUUGGUGCUGUACAAGGCAUCAUCACUGGCCUUGUUUGCAUCACUCCUGCUGCUGGAGUGGUGCAAUGCUGGGCAGCCAUACUGAUGGGCAUAAUCUCAGGAAGUGUUCCCUGGUACACGAUGAUGGUCCUCCAUGACAAGAUCAAGCUACUGAGACAUGUAGACGACACAAUGGGCAUGUUUCAUACUCACGCCAUUGCUGGAAGCUUGGGUGGCAUUCUCACAGGCUUUUUCGCAGUACCCAAAUUGAGUCGCCUUUUUUACAUGGUUCCCGACUGGGACAAAUACAUUGGCCUUGCUUAUGGCCUCCAGAGUGGCCGAACUUCUGCUGGCUUUCGACAAAUGGCGGUUCAACUUGCAGGAGUUGCUUUCAUUGUGUGUCUCAACAUUGUUAGCACGAGUUUGAUUUGUUUGUUCAUCAAGUUGAUCGUUCCGCUUAGAAUGAGUGAUGAGGAAUUGAAAAUUGGAGAUGAUGAGAUACAUGGAGAGCAAGCUUAUGCAUUGUGGGCUGAUGGGUGGAGGUUUGAGAAUUCCAAGCAUAAUUCUGUUUACGAUGCUGAAGAGUUUCCAUCAUCAGUUAUGGAAAAGACUCCCAGACAUGAUCUGCAAAUGGUUUGAUACUUCCUUCAGUAAAAUGUUGCCAUCAUCACUGACUAAAAAAAUUAAAAAAAUAAAAAUAAAAAAGAAACCUUAGUUCCUUAAUCUCAAAAUACUGUACUACUCCAAAACUAGU